AUGGGUCGAUUCAGCCUCGAAGAAUCAGCGACAACAAUAAUUGCCGCUUCGACUGCAGUCGUUCUCGGAUUAUAUUUGAUCUAUCCACCACUUCUUCUAAUCAUCCCACCAGCUUUGAUAAUCAUUGCAUAUGCGACGAAAAAUGAGAAAUGUGCACCGCAAAAUGUGGACAAAUUCUUCAGCGGUUUUCGAAUUGGUGGACAUCGUGGAGCACCGAAAAGUUUUCCCGAGAACAGUAUGGCGAGUUUUGCACAGGCGAAAAUCGAUGGCGCUGAUUUGAUUGAAUUCGAUGUUUCAUUGACGAAAGAUGCGCGAGCUGUUCUGAUGCAUGAUGAUACUUUGGAUCGCACAACAGAUAUGAACGGACCGAUUCGUGAUAAAACUCGAGCUGAACUUGAUAGAUGUAAUAUUUCUGCAACUUUCAAAAGAACUGCUCCUGGGUAUGGUUUUUUUGAGGAAAACAUUUGAAAAAUUUGUUUGCAGUGAUCAAUCUCGACUCGGUGAAGUGAAAUUCGAAAGAGUUCCAGAUAUGGAAGAUGUUGUUAAAUGGGCUGUUGACAAUCAAAUGCGAAUGCUUUUCGAUGUCAAAGAUUCCGACACUGAACUCGUCGAACAAAUCUCCGAACUUUUUGUCAAAUAUGAUUUAUAUGACAAAGCGAUUGUUUGCAGUUUCUUCCCAUGGGUUGUUUAUUUGAUUAAACGAGGAAAUCAAAAGAUUUUGACUGGUUUAACCUGGAGAUUGAAAUUCUGGUCGUUCCACGAUAUUGAAAAUGUGCAGCCAAGAUAUUCUGGAUUGAAGCAAAUUUUGUUUGUUGGAAUUGAUUUGUUGAAUGUUUGGUUGCUUAAACGAUUUACACCGUGGUAUUUGGGAGCCGAUCUUUUGCUUACAAAUAAUUUGGAUAUUUCACAGUGAGUUUUAGCUUCCAUCUUGAAACGAUGACGAAAAUCUGAAAAAUCUGAUAUUUCUAUUUUCUAGAGCCUUGAUUCUCGACCAACGUCGUCGUGGAAUUCGAGUCGCAGUUUGGACAGUCAACGAUGUUGCUGAAAUGCAUUGGAUGCUUCAAACUCUCCAAAUUCCAAUCCUCACCGAUUAUCCCGAAUUGACAAAACCAUCGAAGGUUCUCGACAAUUUACGCGAAUCAAACUACAACAAUUAG